AUGGACUUGCAUGUUUGUGGGAAGUAUGGCAAGCUUGAGACCAUGCCUGACGGCAUCCUUGCUAGUUCGCCUGCGCUAUCCAGAAACUGCCUGGUGAAUCUCUUCAAGAUCUGCCUUCUCAGCGACACCAUCCUCCCCAGGCUGAGAGAAGACAUCAAGCCUGCUCUUGGCACAGACAUGAUAUUGAUCCAGGAGAUAAGUUCAGCAUACCGCAACCCAGGCAGCGAUGACAGAUUCUACGACUCAAGGAUCCAGGGAAGGAUAGGGGAGCAGGCAGCCCAUGUGACAAGCCCGGUGCAGCUGCUGGGAUCUCUAACGAUAGUGUGGGGAUGCAUGCACCACGGCACAAUCCACGGAGUUGCCGCCGUGGCACUCACUGCUCUGAAGGCCCUUGACAGUCGCCGCGAGCACUGGGAUGUCGAAUUGCAGAGGCUCGGCCUAUCUGCAGACGGUGUGGAAAAGGUCCUGCGCAUGGCCCUCACAGUGCCGCUCUCUACCAGCAAUUUGCCAACCCCGGAUCAGCGCAAGGUUGAUGCAAUGAGCUCCAACAUCAAAAGGAUGAAGGCCAUAGACCUCACCGGCACCUGGAGCUGUUUAAGCGCUGUUAAUUACUGCAAGAAGCACAACCAGGACCCUGAGCAGACCUUGCAGGAGAUUCUGCCGGCGCUGGAGGCAGCUGUGGAGCAGAAGCAUGACCUCAACACCUGCUUUCUGCUGUGGAUGUACUGCAAUCUCAUGCUGCGCAUUGGCAGCCGCGCGGAGCGCAUCAUAACAGUAUCUGAAUUCCUGGCACAGGUCAAAAAGACAAGGAGGGUCAAGGCGCGGCUGGACAGCUGGGGCGAGUUUUGCUGCACAAACACAGCCGGCUGGUCGCCUGUGCAGAGCGCUCCACUAGCAACAAGGAAAACCUACUGGCCUACCCUGGGAGUGGCACUGCGCUUCAAGGAAGCCAUCAAGCGCGACCCUGCCUUUGCCGACACUGAGCUCCCAGCCUUUACUGAGCUGGAGCUGAUUGAGGCAUGCGCAACUGUCAGGUGUCACCAGUGCCUGGAGCUGCGCAACGAGCUGCUCCGGUGCAUGGGCUGCGGGCAGUGCCUGGCAAAGCUUCACAAGGUCUGUCUUCUCAACGACACCAUCCAGCCCCGGCUCCACUCUGAGAUACGGAUCACUGUCAGCAAUCAGGUUGCGGAGAGGCCACAGCACUUUGCAGCGUACGAGAACCCAGGAGAGGAUAACAGAUACUAUGAUCUAAGCAGCUGCGACCGCAUUGCACAUCAAGCUGCGCAGGUGACCGGUCCGAUGCAGCUGCUGGCAGCACUGCCUUUCAUGUGGGCAGGAAUCCAGGUUGGCAGCUUCCCCGCCUAUGGAACCUGGGCGCAGACCGCCCUGACAGCCCUCCUGGUCAAUCGCGACGAAUGGGAGCCUACCCUACAGAGGCUUGGGCUGUCAUUGGACAACGUGGAGAUGGUACUGCGCUAUGGGCUGACAAUGGCUCUUGAGGCGAGUGAGGCCUCAGGCAACUUGACACCGGAGGACCGGCCCAGCUUCCUUGCAACGAGCCACCGGAACAUGCAGAGGAUGAAGGAGAUAGACUCCACAAGCGCCUGGAGCUGUGUCUGUGCUGCCAAGGAAAUACUGCCGGCGCUGACGGCUGGCCUGCAGCAGCAGAAACAUGACCUGAAAGCAUGCCCACUGCAGUUCAUGUACUGCUACAACCUGCUGCUGCAGGGGAGUCGCGGUUUCAACAGGGUCACAGUGCACGACUUUCUGGGGCAUGUUGGUAUGGCGAACAGGAUCAAGGCGCGGCUGGACAGCUGGGGAGAGUUCCGCUGCCCAGAGACAGGCGGAUGGUCACCAGUGGAGAGCAUUCCUCUGGCAAAGCAUGACACCUUCUGGGGCACUCUGGCAGUGGCUGAGCGCUUCAAGAGAGUCCUCAAGCGCUGGCCUGCAUUUGCCAACAGCCGGCUGCCGGAAUACACUGCCAAGGACUUACGCAUAGAGCGUGAAAACAUCAGGUGUCACCUGUGCCAUGAGCUGAGCGACAUCGUGGUGUGGUGUGGAGGAUGCGAGCAGGUUCAGUACUGCUCCGAGGACUGCCGCAAUCUGCACUGGGAAGAUGUGCACAGCCAGGAUUGCAAUGCAGCCACUUAG